AUGUCGAAAAGCAUCAAACGUCAAUGGGCCUCCGAAGUUACAGGAUAUUCGUCACAGUACAGUUCAGGAGGAUACUCAGCAAAACAGAUAUUGGGAAAACCCAAUUUUUAUCCUCGCUAUGGUGAUAGCCCAUUGGCAUGGACACAGGCGACUGGAAAACUGAAUGCAAAUCAGUUCAUAGAGGUAAAAUUUCCUGAAAAAGUUUGGUUAACUAAGGUUAACAUAUAUGAAAUUUGGAAUGGUGGAGCUGUCACGAGAAUAUUGGCAAAGAAUAAAAAGAAACAGUGGGUUGAAAUUUUCAAGGUUUCAAAAGCUCGUGUAAUCAGCAAGGCUAGGAAAUUCUCUCCUGAAAUAAAAAAGGUUAACUUCCAAGUGAACGAGCUGAGAAUCGAAAUUGAUUGUACUGUUUCCCGUUCAUGGGUAGAGAUUGAUGCUGUCGAAAUCGUUGGAGAGAGACGUUUUUGUCCUGGACAGUAUAAAAAAAUUGGGGAUUCUUGUUACCUGAUCAAAAAAGCUAAAGUGUCAGCAGACUCCGCGUUUGCCAACUGUCUAGACACUAGUGGGUAUCUGGCCAACUUUGAAACUCUUGAAGAGGCUUUGAGAAUGAAACAGAUCCUUAAAAAAAUGAAUACAGGAAUUCACUUCUAUGUUGGGGGAAGGAACAUCAACAGAAGAAAACCUGGGGGAGAUUGGAGGUGGAUCAAGCACGGACAAAUGACCAAGAUGACGUAUCAUGCCUUUGGUGCCGGAGAACCCAAUGGAUCCGACCGUUCUCCCCAGGACUGCAUGUUCUUUUUUGCAGGAGAACGAUACACGUUCCACAAUGUCCCGUGUGAUAAUGGUUCAUAUCUUGGUGGCUAUAUCUGCGAAGUAUGAACU